ACACCGCUCCGCAAACGAACCACAGCAGGAAAGUGAAAGCAUAAACAAACGCCUGCUGCACCCAAACUGGAUCACGAUCAGGCGACACCAGAUUAUUCAGUGAAGUUGAGCCGCAGUUUUUCGGCACUUGUGCAACGAGGAUAAGCGAACAAAUUUACACUUUAAUCCAAUUUUCUGUUGAAAUCGACUAAAUACAUUCAUAGUUUCAUUCAAUAGCCGGUUUGCUACAGACAGCAAAUAGCAUUGUUUUUUUUUUCUCGCGUUGGAACGGUACAGCAGCAAAAUUAACUACUCAAAGUUUCACAAUGCGAUGUCGCUUUCAGCGAUGUCGAAGCCAAUACUGUACUCGUAUUGGCGCAGCUCCUGCUCGUGGCGGGUGCGGAUAGCACUGAACCUGAAGGAGAUCCCGUACGACAUCAAACCGAUAAGCUUGAUCAAAUCCGGUGGCGAGCAGCACUGCAACGAGUACCGCGAGGUUAAUCCGAUGGAGCAGGUUCCGGCGUUGCAGAUCGAUGGUCACACGCUGGUAGAAUCGAUAGCGAUUUUGCAUUAUCUGGAGGAGACGCGCCCGCAGCGUCCCUUGCUGCCACAGGAUGUGCUAAAACGAGCAAAGGUUCGCGAGAUAAUCGAGGUGAUCGCAUCCGGCGUCCAGCCGCUCCAAAACUUGAUCGUGCUGAUUCACGUCGGUGAAGAGAAGAAGAAAGAAUGGGCCCAGCACUGGAUCACGCGAGGUUUUCGUGCCAUCGAGAAGCUACUGUCGACAUCGGCCGGUAAGUUCUGCGUCGGCGAUGAAAUCACUCUGGCCGAUUGCUGCCUAGUACCACAGGUGUUCAACGCACGUCGCUUCCACGUGGAUCUCCGUCCGUAUCCCAUCAUUCUUCGCAUCGAUCGGGAGCUGGAGGGACAUCCGGCGUUCCGUGCGGCGCAUCCCUCAAAUCAACCCGACUGCCCACCGGAAGCGGCCAAGUAAGGUAAGCAGGAGCAGGAGCUCCGAUUUUACCCGCCAAUCAGAUUUUGUAUGAUGAACAGUAGAUUUUCGCAUUUGCCUAGUCGAGUCGUAAUGUUCAAAGUUUUACAGUUUACAGAUAGUAUCAGAGGACGGCACUUUGCCUGACAUCAAAGCAGAUUAUUUACAUGAUUUUAGGAGAAAUAGAGAUUGCUUACGGAGCAUUUUAAACCAACAGAUUUAGCUACAAAAUAACAGUAAUACCGCACUCGAAUACUACGCAAGAUGCACGCAGACCUUUUCAGAAAAGCGCUGCUAACUUUUUAUUUCUCAUUCGCCUAAGACAAGAUGACUAAUCAGAUCGAUCAUCUAUAAAAAUUACGAUUUUAUUGCAUUUACAAGAUAUUACCGUAUUAUUCAAGCAUCAAAAGUGAGAGUUUGUGUCUACUAUCUAACAAUUUGUAUUUGACUAUUUUUGUGUUGCUCAUCAGUUUGAAAAAAACGUGUUAGCUUUUUAUCGUCGUUUAGGUUUUAUUCUUUCUUCUAUGUCUAUUUGAAUACUAUUCAGAAAGCAAACGAACUACACAUGUAACAUGUAAUUGUGAUUCUC